ACUUUGCUUUCAUUAAAUUGUUAUGUUUAUUUAGCGAAUAUGACGCCCCAAACGAUGAAAAUGCUUGUAAUGUUUAUCCUCGCGGCCGCCCUCUUGAACGUAACGAACUAUUUGUUCUACUGCCUCUACAAUCCGCAGUCGCGGCAGGCGAUGAGGGUAGAAGUUCAAGUUUCUGAACAUACGAAGUUCGUAAGGUUUAUGACUAAGCGUCGAAUGACUCGCAUCCCAAAAUGGUCCAACUUUCUGCUAUGCGAUAACAAGAGCUCUACCAAUCCAACAAAUAAUAAGGUAUCAGCAAGCAGCGAAGAGGACUACCGUGACCAGGGUUCCGACUCCGUAUUUUAUUACAAUGGGAUUAAAAAAGGAGAAUUUCUAUGCCCUGAGACACCCCUAGGCUUAGGUCCUCUGAAAGCCAAUCAAUUCGUCAGCCCCCAAGAAAUAGAAAAACUGUACGACGUUUUGCAACCCGGUGGUCUCUACGAAGAAAAUGAAUGCGUUCCUCGUCAAAAUGUCGCCGUUAUUGUCACCCACAGAGAGCAAAACCAAUUGCUUGAAUUUUUGUACUCACUUCAUUGUUUUCUGAUGAAACAACAAUUAGGAUACCAGAUAUUCGUUGUUAGGCAAAGUAAGUAUCAAUCCCACGAAAAAAUUAUCAUGUAAAAUGAAACACUUCACGGUCAAUAAGCAAGAUACCGACUGAUUUAACUAGCAUGUAACCUUUGCUCAUAUAGAACUUACGAUAAGAUCAACCACCUAAUUAAUUAAUUUAAAAUAGGCAACCAGUCAUCGCCCCUGAAUCAUGGCAAGCUAUUCAACGUGGGCUUCUCAGAAGCGCAAGGGCUAAAGAAGAGCGAGUGGAACUGUGUUGUGUUCCAUGACCACAACAUCCUGCCUGCUGACUCGCGCAACCUCUAUCGGUGCUCCGACCACCCGCUACAGCUGGUCACGCAUGUUGGGAAUAGGUGAAGAAAGUGUA